AUGACAAUCACCAAAUUUAUAGACAAGUAUCAUUGUAUUUUCAUGCAAUUCCAACCAGACCGUGGCUUCCCUCCACAUGUUAAGCUCACACCUCAUGCUUUAUGCCUACACAAAGAAAAAAUGGAUAUCCACAAAUGUCUCAUUAACCGUGUAGACAUUGUUCAUAGGAUUGCAAGGCUUCUGAUGCUUGCUGGUAUGGAAAAAUUGCCACUUUAUGUAACUGAGAAGCUAAAAUGGGAUCUGGGUCUUUCUCAUGAUUAUGUGAAGACUCUUUUGGCCGAUUAUCCUGAUUAUUUUGAUGUUUGUAGCAUCGAAGAUCUAUUAUCCGGAAAGGUUGUCCUGAUUAGGAAGAAUCCAUUAAUGGGUAUGAGAUUGAAGAUCGCUCACAGGGCCAACAGUUACUCAAAAGAGAGGAAGGAGGAGGUCGCCGGCGUUGAUGGUGGCUGA